UUGAUGAUGUCCCGCAGAAUUUCUUUUAGCGUUUGGCCUGAAACUUUAUGAGGUUGUGAUUGGCGGUAGCAGUACACAAUAAGAUGUCUUUAUAUACUUUUCGACCAAUAGCUCUACUACGGGGGCGGUAGUUUAACAUUCCCGGUGAUUGAACCAGUGGCGGCGGCUUACAAACUGUCAGUGAGGUUGCCAACGGGCAAACGAUUUGAGAACUAUGGAGGUGGGCUCUACGGUGUUGGAGGAUAUUGUUUUCCGGGGAGUGGAGUUUUCCGUCAAGAUAGAGCUCGAGGAGAGGAUACUGGUUGUCGAAAUUUCGGACCCAAUGACAGCUGAUCAAUGGAGAGGAGAAUUUGACCCAGCAUAUAUUGAGGAUCUGACUCGCAAAACUGGCAAUUUCAAGCAGUUUCCCAUCUUCUGCAGCAUGUUGGAGUCUGCAGUCAGAAAGACCAGCGAGUCGGUGACCCUUGACCUUUUGACUUACGCUGACCUGGAGCUCCUGCGCAACAGGAAGGCUGGAGUCGUGGGUCGUCCCCGUGGUCAGCAACAGUCUCCUGCCCUGAGUGCUAAAAGAUACCUCAUCCUUAUUUACACAGUGGAGUUUGACAGGAUCCACUACCCCCUCCCCCUGCCCUACCAGGGCAAGCCUGACCCUGCAGCCCUGCAGAAGGAGAUCCGCGUCUUGAGGGCGGAGCUCAACGCACUCACCAAUCACGGAGGUCACAAACCAGCGGAAACAGAGAUUUGUCGUUUACGUGCAGAACUGGGUCUGGUGAAAGAGGAGAAGGAGGCCCUUGCCGUGGCUCUGGAGAGGCUGCGGGGGGUUGGGGCGGCGGCCACCCCAGGCGGAGGGGCCCGUGGCCUCCUGGACGUGGUGAGGGGCCUGGAGGAGCAGCUGGUCAGGGAGAGGGCCAAGACUCAGCGCUCGGCCAGUAAACGAGGCCAGGAGCAGCGCUUUCUGGUGGAGCAGUUGGAGGAGCUGAGGGCAUCUGAACGCUCUCUCCGGAUCCGUGUCAAGGGUUUGACAAACGAGCUGGCCUUGCUACGGAGAGGCAGGUUGACUCCGACCCUCUCGGGCCGCAGUAACUCCCGCGGGGACGGAGAAAUCCGACGUUCGCUUUCCCGCGAGCGGAGCGUGGGCCGCGUGCUGGUCAGGGCUCGUUCGGGGUCGAGGGAGCGGAUAGAGGACAGGGGUCUAAGGUCGGAGGACCGGGGGCGGAGGGCGGACUCCUCGGGGCCUCUGGCCCACAUCCGCAGACCAUCACCGUCUCCCACAGGAUUGCCGGCACCGCGUUUCGACCCCACCGCCUACAUCCAGGACAGACAGCGCAGACAGAGAGAAGCAGAGCUCAAAAGGUUUGUUCCUCUCCUCCUCUUGCCGUCUGUUUCUUUGUCUCCACCCCUCCCCCCUGUCCUUCAUCCUGUCUGGGUUGUGUUCCUCUCUCGUGUCUCCUCCAGCCAGAGGAAGGUCCGGAGGGACAUGCUGGCAUCUCCGGUCGUCCUGGAGAGAGGACGCUCCCGCUCCAGAGAGGCCUAUAAGCAGGUCCGGACGGGCAGCACGGGACGAGGGAGGAGCUUGUCUGUGGAGAGCAGGAGGAGCAGACAGUCAUCUGAGAACUCGUUAGCAGACAUGGAUGAGUUGGCCCAGCCUCUCACCUCCAGAGGGAGGAAGCAGACAUACAAUGGCCCUACAAUGCCCAGAGGAAGACAUGUGACCAGGAAGCCACUAUGCAGCACUCCCACUUACAGGAUGCGACCCGAGAAAGAGAGCUCCUUGGAUGCAGGGACCGAUCUCACUGAGAUCGAUGCCAGACUGCAGGCUCUCCAGGACUACAUGAGGGACCUGGACACAGGACACUAACACCAUGAACUCCACCAACCUCAGAGACACUUGAAGAGACAUGAGGCCUCUCCUCACCUCUGUUGAGCCCAGACACUCCCCAGCAUGAGCCCAACUGUCACGGGUGAACAAUGCUCUCUGUCACCUCAUGUUAAAGUCCCCCGAUGGUGACACAGCUAGCCUCCCACUGUGAAGGAUAUCAAGCCCCUGGUUGUUCGUACUGGGCCUUCAGGACCGAUAGAUGUUUUUGUACCACAAUUGUAUGUGUAUUUUGACUUUUAAAAUAGAUGUCCUCUUUUGCACAAUAUGUGGCUUAUGAAUGUUAGGCCUGUUGUUUAGUUUUUUUGUUUUUUUACAUGUUUGAGUCUGUACAUAAUAUAACUAAAUUUUUAUCAUUUUGGGGGUGUUCUGUUUAUUUUUAAAGGUUCCUGUUUUUGGUAAUGAAA